UUAAGGCUGCUCUGUCUUUAGCUGAAAGAAAACUUUAGCCUGAAUUCCAAUAUCAGAACCAUUUAAAUCAUGAAGUCAGUGCUGCCGCUGUUACUUAUUGGUUUCUUCCUACAUUCCGCGUCAACAGACACACACUCUCUGAAAUACUUCUACACGGCUGUGUCAGGAGACGUCCACUUCCCAGAGUUCACCAUUGUGGGUCUGGUGGAUGGUGUGCAGUUCAUGUACUAUGACAGUGACAUGAAAAGAGUUGUUCCUAAAACAGAAUGGAUCAAAGAGAAAGAGGGAGCGGAUUACUGGGAAAGCCAGACUCAGAUUGCCACUGGUGAGCAGCUGAGCUUCAAGAACAACAUCCAGAUAGCGAAGGAACGCUUUAACCAAACAAAGUCAACAGGUGUGCACACUUACCAGAAUAUGUAUGGCUGUGAGUGGGAUGAUGAGACUGGAGAAACAAAUGGGUUUGAUCAAUAUGGAUAUGAUGGAAAGGAUUUCCUGUCACUGGAUCUGAAGAACAUGAGAUAUAUCUCUACAGCACAGCAGGCUCUUAUCAGUGUACAGAGAUGGAAUGGUGACAGAGCACUGCUUGAGAAUGACAGACAGUACUACACCCAGAUCUGCACUGAAUGGCUGAAGAAGUAUGUGCAGUAUGGGAAGAGCUCUCUGGAAAGAACAGUCUCUCCUGAAGUGUCUGUAUUGCAGAAGGGCUCCUCUUCUCCAGUGGAGUGUCGUGCUACAGGCUUUUACCCCAAGGAGGUGAUGAUGUCCUGGCAGAAGGAUGGUCAAGACCUGAAUGAGGAUGUGGAGCUGGCAGAGACUUUACCCAAUGAAGAUGGAACCUUCCAGAAGAGCAGCAGACUGACAGUCUCAACUAAGGAACUGGCCGAGCACCAGUACUCCUGUGUUGUAGAUCAUAAGAGCCUUCCAGAGAGGAUUGUCAAGACCUGGGAUGCUGCUGACAAUACCAGCAUCAUCAUUGGCAUUGUGGUUGCAGUCAUUGUCCUUGUCGCUGUCAUUGCUGGUGUUGGGCUCUUCAUGAGGAAAAAAUCCAAGAGUGGUCCAAAUUAUGGCAAGACAAGCACCGCAGACUCUGACUCAGACAAUUCUGGGACACCUGUACAAAAUGCCUAACCUCUUACAACAUCUAGAGGAAGAGACAGAGGACUCUCACUAUCUCUAU